CGUUUUCUCCAACACAACGAACACAAAGUGUCUCCCGGACAGGAGGGACACGGGAGCGCAGGGACAGGCAGAAUGACGAGCCUCCAGCUGAGCGCAAAGGAGGAGAUGGUGGAGAAGUUUCUGGAUGCUGCAGCCAGAGGAGACCUGAGCCAGGUGUCCGUGCUGCUGUCCCACGUCCCCUCACUCAUCAACCAGACGGGAUACAGCGGAUGGUCCGCACUGAUGCUCGCCGCUCGCAAUGGACACUACCAUGUGGUGGAGGCGCUGCUGUCUCAUGGUUGUGACAAGUUCUCAGUGAACAGUUCGUCACAAACCGCCUACGACAUCGCCAAGUUCUGGGGCCACAGGCACAUCUCCAACCUGCUGAGCCGCACGGACGACGGCUCCCGGCGAGUCCUGCCGGGCUCUGACCUCAGCCGGCAGGAAAACUACUUCAGCAGAGAGACGCUGGACCGGCUGAGUGGGAAGAGGACGGACAAGGUGUGGCUGGAGACCAAACAGAGUGACCCAGACACAGUGUACCUCCUGUUCUCCAGCCUCAGCCCCAUGGUCAGCAGCUCGGAGGAGGACGGCAGCGCAGGGCAGGGGGAGACCAAGCUGUGUCGGUUCAGAUAUGAGGCAGUUAAAGAUCUUCUCCAGAAACCCGCGACCGUGCUCAUCUUCCUAGGAGCAGAGAAGAGAGAAAAACCCUCGUCCUCUCAGACGCAGGAGCGUGCUCAGGAGCCUCCAGUUUGGUUUGCCAUCAGCACAGACGAAGACGCAGCUCAACUUCUAAAACGCUGCACAGAGAAGAACUGCUCCUUCCCAAAGACGCCCAACAGGGACCUGCUGAAACUCAACGAGGAAGAGGCCGGCAUCGUGGCUCAGGCUCGGUCGGUGUUGGCCUGGCACAGCCGCUACAGCUUCUGUCCGACGUGUGGCAGCAGCACCGAGCUGGAGGAGGGAGGCUACAAGAGGAGCUGCCUGAACUCGGACUGCAGGAGCCUGCAGGGGGUUCACAACACCUGCUACCCACGAGUCGACCCAGUGGUCAUCAUGCUGGUGAUCCACCCUGAUGGAAACCAGUGUUUACUGGGAAGGAAGAAGGUUUUCCCAGCUGGCAUGUUCUCCUGUCUGGCUGGAUUCAUAGAGCCUGGGGAGACGAUCGAGGAGGCGGUGAGGAGGGAGGUGGAGGAGGAGAGCGGUGUGAAGGUCGGGCCCGUUCAGUACGUCUCCUGCCAGCCCUGGCCGAUGCCCUCCAGCCUCAUGAUCGGCUGCCUCGCUGUCGCCAUAUCGACCGACAUCAGAGUGGAUGAGAAUGAGAUUGAGGAUGCUCGGUGGUUCCCACGGCAACAGGUGAUUGACUCCCUGUUCAGAGGAGCCCGUGGAGCCCUCGUCGUCCCUCCCAGACAGACCAUCGCCCACCAGCUGAUCAGACACUGGAUCGGCAUGAACUCUAACCUCUAACCUCCAGACGGUCAGAUGGGUCUAAAAAAACCAGCAGCUGCCUGAACUGUUGCUGCAAGUCGAGGGAAUCGCCUUCAGGUUGCACACAGUGCUACAACACAACAUCUACAGUUCACAGAGGUGAACAGAACAGGAAAGAUCUCCAACAGUACACAGCAGCAACAGUCGCUUCAGCUGUCAGGAAGCAACAUUUUACUGUUGAAGCAUAAAUCUACACAUAAACAAUGUUUUUAAAAAAAAAAAAAAAACUUUGUCUAAUUUUAAUAAGCCUGAAUAUUUAUGUUAACAUCUGCCUGUUUUUUGCAUUGCCAAGAAGCAGUUACACUGUGAUAUUAAACAUUUCCUGAUUACUGUUAUAAUAA